AGGAUCAUGAACUUUUCUUUAUCACUUUAGUUCACGUCGGCCGUCCUGAUCUAUCUCAUAAACCGUUCGGAAGAUCCCCAAUGAUCUAGUGCCCCAGGUUAUGACACUUAGAAGGAUAGGUGGCACUUGAGUUCUGAGAUACUAACACGUGGGUAUAAAUACUAGCUUCAAUAGAACUAAACCCAAUCCAAUCUUUGUCCGGACACAGACAUCACUGUACAGAGAUGCUGUGAAAUUUAUAUUGUGCGCUAAUAUUGUUUGUAGAGGAAUCUUUUUUUUUUUUUUUUUGACUGAAUUUUUUCAUUUUAAAUAUAAAGGUACCUAGAAGGCUUUCAGCCUCUGUAGGCAUGUGCGUGUAUAUAAAUUCAAAUGAGUCAUCAUUUUGAAUCUGAUUCACCACACCUUCUACAUGGCAUCAGAACAACAAAUCUUCAAUGGAACACAAGAGGAGUCCUCAAAUCCUCCCUCUCAAUCUAUGCAUGAACUAGAAGCCUUAACCGACAAGACUAUUCUGAGCCACCAAGACGAGGCCAAGAUAGCGUCAAAAGAGUUCGAGAAUAUUCAGAAACGGUACCAAGACCUAAUCGCCAAGCUGCCUCACGCGGAAGGCUGGUUUGAGAAGGCUCCGUUCAUCGGGUAUGGUGGUCACUGGAUCAUAGAGCCUCUCCUUGCAGGUUGCCUUCACGCUCAAGACUUCUUCCAAGCUCGACCCGUUGACUUUUUCAUCUGUAGCUAUCCAAAGUCAGGUACCACUUGGCUCAAAGCCCUAGCCUUCUCUAUCGUCAACCGAUCUCGCUUCGACGAUUCCUCGAACCCUCUCCUGAAACGUAACCCUCACGAGCUUGUUCCCUUCGUUGAGAUCGAAUUUGCUUUCUUUCCUCAAAUUGAUGUUCUCAAAGACGAAGGGAAUACUCUCUUUUCGACUCAUAUGCCGCACGGGUUACUACCCGAAUCGAUUUCGAACUCGUGUUGUAAGAUGGUUUACAUAUGGAGAGACCCCAAGGACACUUUCAUCUCCAUGUGGACUUUCUUCCAAAAGCAAAAGUUUGGAAGUGGCCCUCUCAAUAGUCUUGAGGAGUGUUUUGAUAUGUUCUGUCUAGGUUUAUCAGGGUACGGUCCUUAUCUAGAUCAUGUCAUGUCGUAUUGGAAAGCUUAUCAAGAGAAUCCAAAUAAGAUUUUGUUCCUCAAGUACGAGACGAUGAGAGAGGAUCCUUUGCCCUAUGUGAAAAGAUUGGCUGAGUUUAUGGGUUAUGGAUUCACAGCUGAGGAAGAGGAGAAAUGGGUUGUUGAGAAAGUAGUGAAUCUUUGCAGCUUCGAGACGUUGAAGAAUCUUGAAGCCAACAAAGGAGAGAAAUAUAGAGAGGACAUUCCUCUUAAUGCUUAUCAGAACAGCGCCUAUUUCAGGAAGGGGAAGGUCGGAGACUGGCAGACCUAUCUGACUCCGGAGAUGGCAGCUCGAAUCGAUGGAUUGAUGGAAGAGAAAUUCAAGGGCACAGGUUUGCUUGAACACUUUUAGUGACCACUUAGUGUUUGGGGGCAAUGACUGAUCCUUGUAUGCUACGUUUACUUACGGCACAAGUUUGCUACUUUCUUACUUUCAUUGCCUGAUUUGUGGAAAUCCCAUAUUACGCCAAGCAAUGAAUGUAUCUCAAAAGGGAGUGUAUUCUGCUCUAAACAUCUCAUUGAUUUGUGACAAACUUUCUUCUGCAAACUUCUAUUAGCUACGGUAUAACCUUCUCUACCACAUAUAUUUUUGACAAUUGUAGGAUAAAGACUCAUUUUAAAUGACCUUUACCAUCAGAAGAUCACGAAAAAUUGUUGAAAAUGAGAUUUCGUCCUACAGCCGUCAAGAAAAUAUGCAGGAAAGGAACGAUUAUAUCGUGGACUUCACAUGAAAAACUUCCAGAAAACAAAAAAACUGUAGAAGAUAAUUGCAUCACUGAAGAAACUGUUAACCACGACAACGGAUGUAAAAGGAAGGUCGCAUGUUGAAGAGGAUGCUGAUAGAUUUGAAAAACAAUUCAAUCAUAUAUGUAAUAUAUAAAUCACUCCAAAACGUUAUUGGUUUAUUGUUAACGUACUUUAACUUUUUACGUACGUGUUAUUUGUUUGUUGUC